UCGCCUUUGUGUGCAGGCGGCGGCGCUUGCGACGCGCUGUGUGCGCAGGUGCGGCGCGAGGUCGCGCGGACCUUCCUUGCGCAGACUCCGUGUGGGAGCGGUCAAUCGAUCCCGCGCUCCGCUCGCGGCCACUCCUGUCCCGCUGACAUGUGCGCGCGCGCGUGGGCGCCCGCGCUGUGCGCGCUGGCCGCGGCCGCUGCCGCCGCCUCGCUGCUGCCUCUGGACGCCGAGCGUCUGCACGCCAGCGUCGGGGGCUUCGCUGUCAUGAAUUGUCACCUUGACUUUCCCUUCGGCAACGAGAUUCCUUAUCACUUGCAAUGGGAUAAAGAUGGAGACACGAUAUUCUCGUGGUACAGCGGCGCGGGCACGGCGCGCGUGGCGGACCGCUGGGGCGGGCGCGUGCGCCGCGUGCUGGACGGGCGGCUGGGGCUCGGUCGCGGCUCCAUCAACGUGAGCGCCGUGCGCGAGACCGACGCCGGCCUGUACCGCUGCCGCGUCACCUUCCCCAACCGCACGCCGCCCGCGCGCAACAACGGCACCUUCUACUACCUCGACGUGGACGGAGGUAAUCUGAUAGUGACGCCGCCAAUGAACGUGACCGUGCUGGAGGGCGAGCGCGCCGAGCUGGAGUGCCUGCCGAAGAGUCCCGAGGCGGCGGUGGAGUGGUUCCGGGAGGGCACGCCGCUAGGCGAGCUGCCCGAGCUGGCGCUGCGCGCGGAGCGGCCCGCCAACGGGUCCCUGGUGCUGCGGCGCGCCGCGUCGGGGGACCCCGGCGAGUACGAGUGCCGCGUGCAGGACCCUGCCGGCGCCAUGCAGAGCGCCAGUGCCUUCCUCGACGUGCAGUAUAAAGCCAAAGUAGUGUAUGCUCCGAAGGAACGCUACCUACCGUACGGCAAGCCCGCAAGUCUGGACUGCCACUUCAGUGCUAACCCACCGUUGACUAAUUUGCGCUGGGAAAAGGACGGCUUCCUCUUUGACCCCUACAAUGUCCCUGGAGUGUUCUAUAGUAGGAAUGGAAGUUUGCUGUUCAAUCAGGUGGACGAGUCGCACGAGGGCGAGUACUCGUGCACGCCGUACAACGCGCUGGGGUCGGAGGGCGCGUCGCCCGGCGUGCGCGUGCGCGUGCAGCGGCCGCCGGCGCUGGGCGCGCGCCCGCAGCCGCUGUACGUGGCGCGGCUCGGCGCCACGCUCACGCUGCCCUGCGCCGCCGCCGCGCGCAACCACCACGACCGCCCGCUGGUGCGCUGGGCGCGCAAGGACGGCGCCGAGCUGCCGCCGGGCCGCCACCACCUGGACGACGGCAACCUGACCGUGGUGGACGUGGCGGAGGAGGACCGCGGCGUGUACGUGUGCACGGUCAGCAACGAGGCCGCCACCGUCGACGUGGAGACCGAGCUGCUGGUGGAGAACGUGCCGCCGCGCGCGCCCUACAACCUCACCGUGCGCGCGCACACCGACUCGCUGCACCUCGCCUGGGUGCCAGGUCAUAAUGGUCUGGAAGUGGACUACAACGUUUGGUAUCGCGAGCGCACCGUCAGCGAGUGGCGCACCAUGAAGAUCUUGACGAGAGGCGUCACCGAGGCCACGCUCGUCGGCCUGCGCCCCGGCACCGAGUACGAGCUGCGAGUGCUCUCGCAAGACCUCAUCGGCGACGGCCUCUUCAGCAAACCCGUAUUCGCAAGAACGCUGGGUAACCUUGCGACCGGCAUGUCUCCGUCUGAAAACCAAUCUACUGAAUUAAACAUCGCAUCGUAUUACUCAGGUUCAACCGACGGAGACGUAGGCGAAACCGAAAACGCUGCAGAGGUCGAGGAGACGAUGGAAGCAAUAGAAGGAGAGCAGAUCGCUUAUGCCGCUCCCACCACCGAGGAGAGCGCCGGCUCGGGCGACGGCGCCGAGCUGGAGGUGACGGUGCGGCUCAUCGACGACGGCGCGCUGGUGCGCUGGCGCCGCGAGCCGCUCGACCAGUCGCGCUGCACCGUGCGCUGGUACGAGGGCGCCGCGCCGGGCGAGCGCCUGCUGGCCACCGGCCACACGCUGCACGACUACAUGCUCGUGAGCGGCGCGGAGGAGGGCGCGCAGUACUGGGCGCGCGUGCAGUGCGCGAGCGGCGCGCGCGGCGGGGCGGCGCUGCGCGUGCCGGAGUACGCGCGGCUGCGCGGCGUGGCGGCGGGCUGCGCGGCGGCCGCGCUGCUGCUGGCGGCGCUGGCGGCGGCGCUGUACGCGGCGCGGCGCCGGCUGUGCGGCCGCGCGGCGCCGCGCUGCGACAAGCGCGCGCGCUGACGCCGCGCCGGCGGCCUCGUCCCUGUGAUCUAUAUGCACUCUUUGACUCUUCGUGCCGUGUAUGGAUGUUUUUUUGAAGUUGAUGUUGUUAUUUAUUAAAGUAUGUCUGGGUAUGAAGUAGAAACUAGUUGAUUAAUAUUUUAUUUUUUUCUUAGGUAAUAAGCUGAUGUUGUAAAAUAAAAAAAAAAACAACCUUA